AUGGAGAAAACAAGAACUGAGAGUAGUGCAUAUGCGUGUCCCGGAGAAGCCAUGCAUGCUCAGGUGCCGACGACGGUGAAGGAGACGACGGCGACGAGGACGUGGAAGGUGAUGGUGGCCAUCGACGACAGUGGCGAGAGUUUCUAUGCUCUUAAAUGGGCCAUCGACUAUUUGCUCCGCCGGAACUACCCUUCUGCCGCUGACACCGCCGACGAGACCCCGGCCGGCCCAAUGGUCACCUUGGUCAAUGUCCAGCCUACUUUCCGGCCACUGAUUUAUCCUCCCGGCCCAGACCCUGUGGAAUUAACGCCUAUGGUGGUGGAAGCUGUGAAGAAAGGCCAAGAACAUAACGCGAGUGAAGUACUUUCUAGGGCCUUUCAAAUCUGCAGGGAAAAUAAGGUGAGGGCAGAAACCUUGAUUCUUGAAGGGGACGCAAAGGAUAGAAUUUGUGAGGCUGCUGAGGAGAUGCAUGUUGAUCUUCUUGUGGUGGGCAGUCGAGGCCUUGGCAAAAUCAAAAGGGCAUUUCUAGGAAGUGUGAGUGACUAUUGCGCACAUCAUGUGCAUUGCCCCAUUCUCAUAGUGAAGCCACCAUUAUCCAAGGAACCCAAUCUGUAGCAUCAAUUCA